GAAAAAAACUAGACCUAAGUAUUUCAUAAUUCUUGUUCAAUACUACCAAACAAAUCAAGAAAAUGGAUCCUAGAGAUGCUCAGAUUCUUGAGAUUGAGGCUGAAAUUGGUCGUCUCGGAGAAGCAAUGGCGAAAAAUGAUGAACAGGAGAUGGAAUGGUAUAAAAACAAAGCUAUCAACGACAAGUUCAAUAAAAUAAUAGCAAGGUUUGGUCCUCCAGCAGGUGAGGCUGAGACUCUCAAGAAGUUUGACGAGGAGAUGAACCGUAUAAUCAAAGCAAAAAUAGAAAAUGUUGAAAAUUUGCAGGGUUUGAUCAAGAAAUUAGGCAAAGUUAUUGAGGAUCAGGAAGAGGCAUCCUCCUCUUCUAAAUAAAAGAUAAGCAAGCUCGCUCGUUCGAUCAGAUGAAAAAGUA